GUCAACAUGACCGUGAUUGGAGGAGAUGAGCUGAGGGGCGUGGUCUUCGUAAGGGUAAACUUUACUGGCGGUCUGACUGCAACACUUUAGUUAGUGUUGGACUAACCGCGCGUGCUUCCCGCCCUCCGGGCUUCAAAGGAAAUAAAUGCCGACCAGGUAACUGAGGAUCACCAUGGAGACCGUCAGUGCGUGGAGCCCCCAGCAGGUGCUGGACUGGAUGACAGGUCUGGACGACAGCCUGCAGCAGUACCUCCCAUUCUUCCAGCUGCAGCAGAUCAAUGGGGAGAAGCUGCUCAGGAUGUCCCACCAGGAGCUCCUGUCUCUGGGUGUGGACCGGGUUGGACACCAGGAGCUGGUUCUGGAGGCUGUGGAUCUGCUUUGCUCUUUAAACUGCGGGGUGGAGUUGGACAACCUGAAGACUCUGUUGGGGAAGAUGAGGACAGCGCAUCAGAACCUGAUCUGUGCUGUGUCACAGCGCAGGAGGAACCCUGCCUACCAACACAAAAACUCCCAUCAGCCCUCCAGUCCGUUCCUCACUGCUGUGAUGGACUUGAUCGGAGCGUCCAAGAGCCUGCUGGCUUGGCUGGACAGGAGUCCUGUGACCAGCCCUAAGGACUUCACAUCCAUCAAGAGCAGAAUCAUCCAGCUGUGCCUGGAGCUCACUUCCACCGUCCAGAAGGACUGCACUGUUUAUCACAUGGAGGAGAAGAUUCUGGAAGUGUCGCAAGCUCUUAACAGCGUCUGUGAGAAGACGGUCCAGGUGACCUCUGACCCCCCUAAAGAAGAGGUGUCCCUUUUGGAAGAGGUGCACAUCACUGACAUCAAGCCUGGGGAGGGAGUGGGGAUUUACAUCAAAUCCACGUAUGACGGGCUUCAUGUAAUAACUGGAACUACGGAGAACUCUCCUGCAGAUAAAACUCGGAGAAUACAUGCAGGAGAUGAAGUCAUCCAGGUCAACGGACAGACUGUGGUGGGCUGGCAGCUGAAGCAUUUAGUUGAAAAGUUCCGGACAGACUCUUCAAGUCUAGUGCUGGUACUGAAGAAAAGGCCUCCUGGGACUUCCAGCAGGUUUGCUCCUGCUCCACUAAGAAACCUGCGGUGGAGACCUCUGCUUGUGCAGGCCUCAAAGGCAGCCUCAGGCUUCCACAGAUCUGCACUGCCUGAAUCCACAGACUCCCCAGGGAAGAGAGAGAAGACACCCAUGUUGGAUUUAGACAGAGAAGCAAAAGCAUCUGCUGCAGUGAAGGUCCGUCCCUCAGAUGUGAGCGCACACACCGAAGGGCCUCACCACUUCACCAUAGCUGAAGAUGCCAGGAUGUGUGCAGGCCCUGACCCCCAGCCGCCGGUCAUCCAGCUCAGGCAGCGCUCCUCUGCCCUCUGUAGGCCUCGACCCGUCUCCAUGCCGGUUGAGUCUGUCUUGGGAGCGUCGGACUUCCCGCUCAGGCCUGGAGCUCAUGGGAGGAAAGGAAGGGCGGUUCUGCACAGAUGCCUGAGUAACGAGCGGAUUGGCACUGUUGAGGAGGAGGAGCCAUGCUUCCCCCUGCCGUACCGGGGGCACCCCUCUGUGCGCGGCGUCGACCACAUCAGAGGCAGCAGGUGCUUCAUUGACGCUGACCUUCACAACAGCGCCACCAUGCCUUACCAGGAGGCUGUGGCCAAGAAAGCCCCCUCCUCCUCCUCAUCGCCCUCCUCCGCUCCUCCUCCUCAGGCUCCCAGCAAACAGAGCAGGUCUCUGCUGGGCGGAUGGCUGGCUCGCCUCCGGCUGCUCAGCCACUGACACCCCUGACCACAGAGGAGGGUCAGACUGUUGGAUUGUUCCUCUCUAAUGUGACUGAAAGUUGUUUGUAGUGUUUUUGCAGUUUGAUCUCAUGAUUUUAACCUCAGCUGCCUGUCGGAUCAAAAAGAGCUGGAUACCCCCAGAAUUCUCCAGGUUGAGUUUUCCUAAGUCAGAGCUGAGCUUUUCUGCCAGAAACCUGUUCUCCUCUCAGCCAGAACCAGCCUUCCUCCUGCUCCUCCUCUCCAGCUUUGUAGGUCAGGAACUCUGGACCAGCUUGUCUUUUUUUUAACGUUCUGACAUUUUUAUUUGUUACACGUCAUGGACGACUGACUUUAAGUGAUUUUAGGAAACUUGUCCACAUUCCUGUCGUUUUGGUGAAUUUUCUGGGCAAGUCUUUCAGGGUUUGUGUGAAAAUGAGCUCCUGCUAAUUGAGCUAACUAAAAUCAGUUUGAGUCCAGCCUCUGCAGAGGGUGCUCGUACCUCAUGGUUGGAGAUUUCUGGUUCCGUUUUUCCGUCUGAGUUACAGAUCACAUGCACCGUUUAGGAUGUUCCUCCUCAGGACUCCCCCAGGAACCUUUCCCCUUUGAGCAGCAGUUUUUCCUUCACUUCUGCAGUGUUUCUCAUAUCAGAGUUUAUUUUUAUGCUUUUCCAUUUUAAUAAAAGUUUUACAAAAGACUAGUAUUCCUACAAAA